AUGAGCUACGCGACGCGCAUAUUUCGGCGGGAUCCCGAGCAAGCUGAUCAUCCCAUAGGGUUGGGAUGGCUGCUCGCCAUUGCACUUUGUGGUGGCGUCCUGCUCUUCACGACGGUUGGCUUGCUUCUUGUCUGGUGGGUGAAGAAGAGCCGUAGUCCCGGACCGCAGAUGGUUUAUUCAUACGCGGCGGCUCACAACUCUGCUCUGCCACCGUCGUCUUCGCGAUUGACCAAGCGGCGGCUUCUGGGGUCUGCAUCAUUCGGCAAGCUAUCUAGUCGAUUUUCCAGCCGGUUUUCGUUCGUUGCACCUCCUGAACCGCCUCAGCUGCCGACACAUGAGAGUUUUCAACUGCCUGAAAGGCGAAGAACCGUUUCGAGGGGGAGGAAGAGAUCGAGGAGUUGGGUGGACGAGGACGAUAUGCACGGACCCAGGAUGGCGAGGAACAAGAGAAACGCGCGAGAGUCGUGGUUUGGGCGAGAUGGUUGGCUUGGGAUGGCGCCAACACUGCCCAACGUUGACGCAGUGCCAGAGGAGGUGGAAGUGCAAGCUGCGGUGCCUUUGCAACAUCCGCAGCCGAGAUGGUUGCCACGCAGCCAGACGGAGCCGAGAAUGACUUCAGUGUCAAACCCUUCAUUGCGUCCUGAUGCUGUACCAAAUGGAGCUGUGCCGGUUGGGCCAAUGAAGAUAUCAGCUCCUCCGCUAGCACAUAUACGCUCUUCAGUAACGGAUUCAAAUCUCAAGGGCAUCUUGCGCUCCACAGAGAUGAGGCUCACUGAGAGGAAAUCACAGUCUCCUAUUAAGGAACCCGGAUCAUCUAUUGUAAAUGGAUCGCCUACAAAGACGCCUCGAAGCCACCACAGCCACCACACCGCUUCAUCAGGGAGAUCGAGCCGCGGCAUACACGUAGCGGGAAGUCCGCCCAAGAGAGGCCCUUACACAAGAAGCGGGAACAACUCUACAAGCACUGUUGGCAGUGCUGCGAACAGUCUGAUUGCGGCGGCAACAAAACAGCUUGAGCUUCCGGGAGGCACAUCAAGCCCCAGCAAGGCUAGAGGAGCUCGACAAGGGCAGUCAAAAGAGCAGUGGAUGCUGGCGACUGGAAGCCCUGAGAGGAGUCGAAGCACGGCCGGCCAGUCAAAAGGUCCGCAAAGGCACAGCCCUCAACGGCACAGCCCACAGGGGUCGAAAACCCAUAUAGCGAUGAUGAUGAUUCCUCAGAUGCAGGCCGCGCAGGUGCAGUUUUCCCAACUGCAAUAUCCACAGCAGUCUCUCCCACAUGUACAGCAUCAUUCGAUGCCACCAAUUCAGCAACGCUCCCCACAGAGAAGCCCCGAACGUCGUAUGUCACUCGACAGCGAUAAAUCAAGUUCAUUAUCCACUCUGUAUAGCACAAACGAGCCAGAAGAAGAAAGACCCAGGCAAAGACAGGUGGAUGACCCCUUUGUGGAAAAGGGGGGGCCAAGGAGGUGGCCAAGCUGGCAGGCACGGCAGCGUCCUAUAAAUGCCGACUCGCAGAGGCGGGCAAAGACGCUCAGCUCAACAGCCUUGACCAGAUUCAUGAUGGGCGAGCCUUCAUGCCCGCCGCCAUUGAGACCCAUCUCGGCGAUUUCACAGCCAGACAUUGCCUACGCGGGCUUGAUGUCUCCUCUGAUGCUCGAACCGCAAGCCAUGGAAUAUGAAACGAAUGGCGGCGCUCAUGGAUCUGAUUUUUCUCAGAUUCCGUACCUACCUCAGGCUCCGUCCGAGAUUAGCUUUGUCUCGAUGUCGGUUGACUCUGAUGUCACCGAGGUGCCUGCGAACGAGACGGCCAGAGCAGACUGGAUCGACAGCAGCGACUCGGCGUCAUCCAGCCCUACGACGCCUACGGGAAAGACAAAGUUCUCCGACAUGUCGUCGUCGUCAUCGCCAUACGAUGAGCGCGAGAUCAUGUCUCUGCUGAUGAGUACGGCGCCGCCUCGGCGAUCUUUGCCGCUGCCUCCACCUAGCAUGUCGGGCCCAGAUGGGAGCAUCGUCACGAUUCUCUCGCCGCCGUCGCGAGGAGGAGGCUUGACGCGGCAGGCGUCUACCGCGAGCUCUGUUUACACCUUGGAGUCUUUCCUUGCUGAUCAUCAGGGGGCCUCACUGGCGACUUCGCCGUCUCGCCGAUCUAUCCAGGGCCCUAGACUGAGCAGCACCAUCGCCGAGCUGCGUCGCAUGAACAGCGUGUUGAGCACAUAUAGUGUCGCGUCUUUGGCCUCAACAGCUGCCGCAGAGGGCGACUCGCCCACUCUUCCAUCCACGCUGAGUAGCAGCAGUGGGAUAGCGAAAUCACGGUCAAUCCGCUUUAGCUCUGCAAACAUUGGCAGCAAGCAUUACCUCAACGUCGGAAACACCAGGUCCAUGAUCACCCACCGAUAUGGUACACGAGGAUCACGGCAUCGUCGCUCAGAAACCUGCUACUACGGCAAAGAUAGCCAAGGGCUGGGACUGCGAUUGUCCUGCAUCCCCGACGAAGCGCUUGAUGACAUGCAGGUACAACGGCACACGCAGAGCCUCAACCUCGGUUAUAAGCCUACCAUCGAAAUCAUCGAGGGCAUCCCCCCACGGGUGUUGACCCAGAAAUUCGGUCCCGUGGAAGAGCUCAUUGAGGCAGAGCAGCGGCAGGAUUUGCAUCGAGCGAGUAUAGAGAGUUUGGAACUCUAUGACAAAGACGGGUUUUUGCUCAGCUCGCCGGAAAGAGAGGCGAAGAGAAAAGGCCUGAGGGCAUAA